AUGGCCCCCUCUGCUGAACCAACUGCAGAGCUAUCGCAUUUGCCCAAGGCCGAUGGCUCUGCGACCUUUUCUUAUGGAGGAUACGCCAUAGUGGCCGCUGUCAACGGCCCCGUUGAAGCUCAGCGGCGAGACGAGAAUGCCUUUGAGGCUCUCGUGGAUGUCAUUGUCCGACCCGCUGCCGGUGUAGGAGGAACCCGUGAGAGGCAGCUCGAGUCAAUCUUACAGGCCGCCCUUAGGCAGCUCAUCCCUGUGAGAGACUAUCCUCGCUGUGUGAUUCAGAUCACUCUUCAGGUCGCCGAGACGCCGGAGAACGCAUAUGUCAACACCAAGCUAUCUCAGUCACAGCUAAACCUCCCAAUCAUUCCGGCACUUCUUCACUCGGCCAUUCUAGCACUCCUAAGCGCCGCCGUCUCCCUCAAGGCUAUCGGCGCAGCCACUGUCCUCGCCAUCCCAGAGGAGGACGGCAAGGAUAUCAUUGUUGACCCUACCGCGGUUGAGGUUGACCACGCCAAGUCGGUUCAUGCCCUCGGCUUCACUUCACACGAUGAGCUGCUUCUGGCCGAGAGCGAGGGUUCAUUUUCCCCUGACGAGUGGGCCAAAGUACUCCAGCUUGGGCAGCGCAUAUGCUGCGAGCAUCAACAACCCGGCUUCGAUACAAGCAUGACGGGCAACGACCUGGAGUCGAAGAGCAUGACGCAGUUCAUCCGAUCCGUCAUGGAGGCCAAGGUGGCAGAAGACCUGUACUGGAAGUGA